AUGGUCAAUCAAACUUCUUCUUCAUCAUCAGAUAAAAUUAGUGAUGUGCCAUCCCCGAGCAGUGGUGGAGUAAAAAAGAUAAGAAAGGCUCGCGUACAAGCACAAAGAAAAACAGCCGAACAAAAUUUACAAAAAGAAGAAACCGGAGGAGAAUACAACAUUUGGUAUCAUAAAUAUAUUGGACAACAACAUCAAAAGAAGGAAAUUGAACCUGCAGAAAGUAGAUGUAAUAUAAAAACAGAUGCUGGAUGGACUGUUGGAUGUACAUUGAAGGAUUCGGUAUUUUGUCUAUUCUUUGCUCAUGGAAGAUGUGCUGAAGGAGCAGAAUGUAAAUAUCUUCACAGAAUACCAACAACAUCUGAUGCUAGUAGAAUACCAAUUACCAAAGACUGUUUCGGAAGACCUAAACAUGCAACUGAUCGUGAUGACAUGUCAGGUGUUGGUUCUUUCAAUAGGGAUUGUCGUACUUUAUAUGUGAGUGGAUUUAAAUAUGUUUCAGGAGUUGAUUAUGAGGAAGUUUUACUGAGACAUUUCAAAGAAUGGGGAGAAGUUGAAUAUAUUAGAGCAUUUCCAGAAAAAUGUUAUGCUUUUGUAAAAUACAAGAAUAGAUUGUGUGCUGAAUUUGCAAAGGAAGCCAUGCUAGGUCAAUCAUUGGAUAAUGAUGAUAUUAUUCAUAUUCGUUGGAGUGCUGAUGAUCCAAAUCCAUUGGCCACCAAACGUCACGAGCAGGAAAUGAAAAACAAAAUCAAGGAAUCUUUGGAAGAGAAGAAAAUUUCAACAACCUCACUUCCUUUCCACUAUCCAGAAGGUUACACACCAGAAAAUCCAAUUAUUCCAGAACAUUUACAAAUGAAUUCCAAAUUACAACAAGUUUCUGCUGGUGCUGCCACUAAUAUCAAAGGAACAAAAUCUGUAGAACAACAAUACUAUCAACACUAUUUACCUCAACAAGCUGAUGAAAAGAAGAGUGAACAAACAUAUAGAGACAAUCUAAGAAAACAAGGAGCAUUGGCCAAUGAUGAUAGAAAAAAGGUAGAUUACUUUAAUUAUAUUAAGGGAUCGAAUGAAAAGACCAAUAUUCAUCAACAGGUCUCUGCCUCCCUAAGUUCUAAAGUUGCUGCAUCCUAUCCUAAUACUGACUCUCAACUUUCUCAACUUUCCAAAGAGCAACAAGAACAAUACCAAAAAUUCUAUCAACAAUUUGCUCAACAAUUAGGCCAAAAGAAAUAA